AUGCCGACAUCUCAAUUGGAUCCAACGAAAGACCGCGAACGCUGCCAUCAGCGACCUCCCAUCCGACUCGACCGCUCCUCCAGCAAGCCGUCGGCCCUGUCCAGUUCACACGCCAUGUUGCCGCGCUACGGCUCGUGCCAGUCGAUCGAGCACAUGCCAACCGACGGUCUGCCGCCCAAGGAUUAUCCGAAAAUCAUCUACAUCCACCGCAAGGAGACGGAUCCCGCCUCGACGAGAUCGUUCAAGCUGACCAACGACAGUCCCGCGAGCAAAAAGCGCUCAGAUCGCAAAGCAGAGCCACUCUGGCAGCCGGUCGCCUGCUUUUCGCUGCCGGAAAGCAGCAACUGUGAACCGAAAAAACGGACAAAAACAACAACAACAACAACAACAACAACAUCAUCAUCAUCAUCAUCAACAGCGACGACAACAACAAUGCUAAAAUCGCCCAUCAUCACGACCGUCACGGAGACGGAGCCGACGUUGUUUCAUCUGCCGAGGCCGUCGGCUCUUGUCGGCUCGAGGAGUCAUGAGGUGAUUGUUGAGCUGGUUCAAGACGCCGAAUCUCUGCCGGAAGUCGGCGCGGACUCGGUGGACUCAGCCGGCUCGGAGGCUGGUUCGUCCGAGUCGCGACGCGACGUCGCCAAGUCGACCAAAGCUCCGCGCGAGGCCGGCAGCGGGCUUUUGGCCAUUCGAAGUUGCGACAGCAGAAGCAGGCAAGUGGAGGAGUGCAGAUGCUCCUGCCGCAAUCGGAUUGUCUGCCUCGAAGAGGAGGUCGUCAAGUUGCGCCAACAAGUGGCCAGCAUGGCCAAGAUACUACUCACCUCGUCGUACCAACCGGCAGAAAACGGCUUUCUUCGCGCCGACUGGCGCCUCAACGGCUCCGGCUCGGCGGCGUCUCUGAACAGUCCAGUCGGGGAAUGCCGUCGUCGAGGCCUGAUGACUUGGCCGCCCGGCACUCGCUACAGCAGAGCCCACGCUGAUUGCCAGCUUUCCCACUUUUUAAUUGCCCAAUUUUCGCUGCCCUGCUCUUACCCCGGUUGCGUGAAAUUUCCCAAUUUCGGUGCUUCGAGAUGCGCCUACUGGGCUCUUUGUUAA